AUAAGGCGCAGAGAGAGGCAGAUUCAGGGGAGGGACGCACGCAGCAGCAGCUCCUGGUUUCACAGCUCUCACACAGGGAGAAGACACUGGGCUGACACUAAUGCUGCUGCGCCUCUGAUAAAACAAACAAACAGCCGGGGAAAUAACCUGAAAUUUGAGGGGGAAACAGCAUUGAGACACUAUGGAGAUGUCAGAGUCAGUCUCACAGCAGGAGCGGCUCCAGGCUAUUGCAGAAAAGAGGAAAAGGCAGACAGAAAUUGAGAAUAAGAAAAGACAACUAGAGGAUGACCGACGGCAGCUUCAGCACCUUAAGUCAAAGGCACUUCGGGAAAGAUGGCUGCUGGAUGGUGCGCCCUCUGCAGGACAGGAGGAAGACGAGACAACUAAACAGCUGCGGGAACAUGAGGCCAAAACCAGAGGUCUUGAGGAGACCAUUGUCAGCCUGGAGAGAGAGUUGGAGGAGCUAGAGACGGGUGUGUCUGCAACAUCCACCAAAGAAAACCUUUCAGAUGCACUUCAGGAAAUCAACACCAAGACAGUAGAAAAAAUGGUGGUGACAGAAUCUGUUAAAGAGGUCAAAGUUCACGUCAGCCCUCGUCUGGAGAAAUCCGGAGGUGUCUCUGACAUGAUGAGAGCAGCAAUGUACUCCGUAGAGAUCACAGUUGAGAAGGACCUGGUGACUGGCGAGACCAAAGUCCUGUCCACUAACACACUGCUCCCCAAAGACCUCUCGCAGCAGGGGGUCAAAGUCUAUGAGGAUGAACAGAAAGUGGUGCAUGAAGUGCGCAGUGUGGAUGGCACAGUAACCAAUGGUGUUCACCAGCUGAGCUCUUCAGAGGUUGAUGAGCUCCUCCACAAAGCUGAUGAGGUGACCAUGGGCGAGAGUAGCAAGACAACGCCACGACUGGAGCGAGGGCAAGCCGAGAAGGAGGAGAAACAUGAGAAAGAUGUAACCCCAGCUGAAGCUAGCUCUACCCCCAUCAUGGAAAUCACGGGCGUAGAAGCGAAACCCGCAGCCCCGCAGACGGAAGUGAGCGGAGCCAGUGCGGAGAACCCAGUUACAAUGGUUUUCAUGGGUUACCAGAGCGUAGAGGAUGAGGAUGAAACAAAGAAGGUUUUGGGGAUGGAGAGCACGACUGUGAAGGCUGAGGUGGUGCUCAUUGAGGAUGGAGAAGGCAAAAAUGCUGGCAGUGACACCAAGCAGGAGCAGGCGCCCCCUAAUGGCAGCCCAGCAGAGGCAGAUAAGGCUGAAGAGGCAGCAAGAGAGUCUGAGCAGCCAGAAGGGGACAAUGCUGAGGUCAAGAGCAAGGAGAAACAACCAUGCAAGUGCUGCACCAUCAUGUGAGCCCAAACACACCCUCCCAAACACGGACUUUACUGAUGAAAUGCAACAACAUGCAAAGAGAACAAUGUCAAGGCAGAGAAUAAACAUUCAGUAUCUUUUGAUAAGCUGUUAUUUCUUUAAUUGAUUUUUACCUGUUUUAUAUUUUAUAUAUUACUUUAUCUUUCCCCCAUGAUACUCUCUAACCUCAUUUCAUUUUUAUUUUGAAAUAAUUAUUAUUUUGUUUUAUUUUUUGUGAAUGAAAAGAAUGAUGUCAUAUAGAAAAGUCUGAAGAUUAAACCAAACUCAACCGAUCAGUGUCCGUUCGCUUUAAAUAGCGUUUCCUUUCAUUGACUUUAUUUGACUUCCCUUUUUGCGAAGCAAAUGUUGCAUGCACUACAAAAUUUUUUCACUCUCACAUAUAAAAAGCUCAGUUUAUUAAUCAAGUAAGUUGUGAGAUGCAUUUAAUUCAUUAUCAUUUUGUUUUUUAAAGUAGGAAUAAAACCUGUGGUAUUGAU